UAUUUAAGGCGACAGAAGGAGGGCGGUUUGAAAGCCGAGACGCAACUUCUGUCAACAUGUUUAAAAUACUUCGAAUUACCUGACAUGACAGAAAAGUCGCAUCUAAAGAAACUUGAUAUGCUAGCUGCCGUUAACCGCUUGCUAGCUGGCUAACGUUACUGCGGAUGUAUUAAGUUAGCUUUAGCUGCUGGGUGAGUUUACAUUUCAUUCCCAAUAAAUGUUGACUCUGUGAACCGCAGAACUUCACUCUUACUUUGCCGUUACUUGAUACAACACGGCGAAAAUGGCGAGUGUGCACGAAAGCUUGUAUUUCAACCCUAUGAUGACGAACGGAGUGGUCCAUGCUAACGUGUUCGGCAUUAAAGACUGGGUGACUCCGUAUAAAAUCUCCGUCCUGGCGCUGCUGUACGACAUGACCGCGUCCAAAAUCACGCUGCCUGAGAGGAGACGACUGAACAAACUCAUCCUCCCCUUGCAGCAGGGUCCUGACCUGACGCUGGGCCAGUUCCUAAAGACGGUGGAGGAGUGUUGCCCUCAGACUGCAUAUGCAGUCAAACUCCGGCUGCAUGAAAUGGCUGAUGGAGAGCUCAAAGACAUGGAGUACUUCUUUUCCACCCUUCCCACUCCAUUCACUGCUUUCGAUUCUGAGGCGUAUAAAACCAGUGUUGUAGGGCUUUUCAUGAGACACAUGCUCCUGGCCUACAACAAGUUGUCUUUCAGUCAGGUCUACAAGUUGUACAAGUCCCUGCAGCACUACUACCACAGUCACUACGCCAAGCCUGCCGACGGAACGCUUGGUCUGCCGGCACUGGUCGCUAACGACUCCGACAUGGACCUCACCAGCACUGAGGACACAGUAGGGGACAGGAUAGACCGAGACGAGCUGGACAGCCCACUGCAUGAGUCAGAGCUUCGAAAUGACAGUACUCCAAGCAGAGGUCCCCUCUCUCAAAAACAAGCGGAGUACUUCCUAGCAAGACAGGCAUAUCUUCUGAAGAAUGAUGAAAACAAAGCUCUAAAGCCUGCUGCACUGCAGGAAGAGCUCAACAACAUGCUGAAAUUUAACCCGGAUUUUGCUGAGGCGCAUUAUCUAAACUACCUGAACAACAUGAGAGUCCAGGACAUCUUCCUCUCAGCUCAUAGUCUCUUACAUUAUUUUGACCGUCUCAUCUUGUCUGGAAAUGAGGGAAAGAGCAACGGGGACGAAGGCUACGGCCGCAGUCUCCGCUACGCUGCUCUCAACCUGGCCAGCCUGCACUGUCGCUUCGGCCACUAUCAGCAGGCUGAUCUGGCUCUGCAGGAGGCUAUCCGCAUCGCCCAGGAGUCCAAUGAUCAUGUGUGCUUGCAGCACUGUCUGAGUUGGCUUUACACGCUGGAACAAAUGAAGGGAUCUGACAGCACUGUGUUAACCGAGGACUCGGUGAAAAUGGCGGCCCAUUUCUGCCUUCCUUACUUGGCAUCUCUGGGCAUUCAGUCUUUGGUCCAGCAGGGGGCGACACAAGGUAAAACAGCCCACAAACUGAUGGAUGCACUGAAGGACACGGACAUCCUGCACUGGAAGCACAGUCUGUCGGAGCUGAUCGAGAUCAGCCUGGCUCAGACUACGUCCAUAUGGAGGAUGUACGGCAAAAGCACCAUGGCUCUGCAACAAGCCCAGCUGCUUCUCAACAUGAGCAGUCUGGAGCCGGUCAACUUUGGGGUCCAGCAGAAUAACACGGAGGCGUUCGCAGUGGCUCUGUGCCACCUGGCCGAGCUCCACGCUGAGCAGGGCCUCUACUCUGCCGUUUCAGAGAUUCUCCAGCAUCUGAAAGAACAGUUUCCUCCUCACUCACAGCAUGCUAAGCUCUGGAUGCUGUGCAAUCUGAAAAUCCAGUUUGAACGACAUAUGAAUGAAGGGAAGUACCAUUUGGCAGAGCCGCUAGUUACAGCGAUGUCUGCUUUAAACAAAACAGAAGGCCUCUACAGGAAAGCUCAAGUUCUGAAGGCCCUCAACCGGAGCACUGAGGCAUACAAGAUCUUACAGCGGCUGCAAGUGCACUGUGAGAAGAGCAAAUGUACGGAGGUGGUGAUCAGAGUUAUGCUUUCUACCGCUGAGCUCCACUGGGAGUCGUCUGGCUUUUCCACCGCUCUCCCCCUCCUCCUGCAGGCCUUGGCACUGGCUAGACAGCACCACCUACAGUCUCUGGCCUCAGAGACCAUCCUCCACCUGGCCUUCACUCAGCUGAUGUUGGGGGUUCCUGAGCACGCUCUGAGUGUUCUCCAUGAAGCCAUUGAGCCUGUCCUGGCACACGGCUCGGUCAUAGACAAGGGUCGAGCCCUGCUGCUAACGGCCCGCUGUCAGAUGGCAGUGGCUGGGUUCGGGCCAAACGGACAUGGGCAAGCAGAUUUGCAUUUGGCCGCUUUGGCUGUUGACACACUAAAUGAGUCUGCAGCCUAUUUCUCCAAGCUGAGCUGUAAGGAGCGCCUGCGGGACGUCCACUACCUGCAGGCUCUGCUCCACCGUUCUCUGGGACAGACCUCGCAAUGCAACAAAAGUGCCAUGCUCUUCCGGCUGCUGGACCAGGAGCUGCAGUCACCCGCGCCACCGGUCUCCAUGAGACUGUAACUACUUUCUCUCAAAGAAGAAGCUAGAGUCAUCUCGGCUUCUAGGAAAACACACCUCUAUGGACGGCUCAGGGGAGUUGCUGCAGUUCACCACUAGAUGGCGGCAAGGAUCGGUCCUGCUCUGUCACUGAACUAUUUCAUUUGUAAAUAUUUAAGCAAUGUGGAGCUAUUUGCAUGCGAUGGCAGGCAAAUAUUUAGAGAGUUUUUCAAUACUUCAGCAACAAUCCAGGUUUGUGAUUACCCGCCUUCUGACGGAGCCGUAUUACCCUCUGCUUUUUGAUAAAUGAGGGCAAUAUCCCAGUUAGCUACGAGAUGAAUGUGUUCCAGCGGCCUGGAUGAUGAAUGAUUUGGAAAAAAAGAAGCUAGAACGAGGAGGCGGUUAUUGUUCUCAUACGUGUAAUGUAGUAAACCUCUUUUGGCUGAGAACAUUAAGGUGUUUUCACAGGCCUGUAAUCCAUUACUCACUGUUCUUUUUUAAAAAGAAAUUAAGCAAAACAUGUACAGGAAUGAUGGUAAAGUUUAGUAAUGGGUUCAGUAGUAUUUGAAAGUAGUCCGUAUUGUCUUCAACAACAAUAUCGAAGGUGCGGAGGCGGACUGGUUAUCUUGACAUCUAUGUUCACAGAAUAUUUGCCUCUUUCUGUUUACCUUUUGUACUGCCUUUCCAAGUUCCUGUUUAGUGAGUUGAAGUACCAUGUUUGGCUUUGUUUCAGUUACAGCUUAAACAAAUGACAGUAAAAGCAGGGCUGUUUUCAAUGUAAAUAGCCAGCGGAGAUGUGUGAUACAUGCAGCUCUCACACGCUGCUUCAGCCACUGGGCCAUAAUAAACCUAGAUUAUAGAUUAUAACUAAUUUUGUGUGGCACAGUUGGUUGAGAGGUUUGGUUUAAAAAAUGAUGACCUGUCACCACCUUUCCUGCCUUUACCCAAAGAAUAUUUGUUGUUGGUAUAAUUUGCUUAAUUUGGAUCCAAAUCACUAAUUCGUAUGUCAAGUGGCACUGAACCAUUUACAGAAAAAUGAGUUUUAAUUGACGCUGCUGGUUGGAAAGUGCUUUUGAUGCCGCAGAGCAAUUUAAGUUGAGAAUUUUCUACCAACUGUGAGGAUAUUUAAGCUCUUUUAAACUUAAAAAGAUGAAAAAGCAACAAAAAAUAAAUUCCAAGGGUAACUGGUACUUGUUGUUUUUUUUGUUUUUUUAUAAGAAUACUAAUAGAAACUCUGGACAGUGAAAGUCAUUGUCUUCAGCCUUGGUUGAACCACAGUCCAAAAAGAACUUUUCUCAUGAGCCUCCACAGAUUAGUUUUAUGUUUAUUGUUGGUUUGAUAGCAGAAUUACAGAAAGACAACUAGCCUGACUUUCAUGAAACUUGGUGAAAGGGUGUAGAAUAUAUAUGUAUAUAAUUGA